GAAACCGAUGCGUCACCCGAGUCCUAAAAUGGAGCAAGCGACGCCGUUUCUGGGGAAAUCCGUGAGGUGACUGUUGGGGCGAGGUUACACGCAGUUCAGUUGCUGUUGCUUCCCGGUGGAGUUUUCUGGACAGCUAAACCUUCCCAGCACCACCCACGAGAAGGGCGCAGCCUAUGCAGAUUUUGCCUUCGCUCUUCCAAUUAGGUGCGCGAAGCCGGCGAGGGCGGUAUUUCUGGCAUGCAAGGUGGUGCUUCGUUUACAGCCCCGCUGUAGCCUUCCUUCUUCUCUCUCGGGCCGGACGAUCUGCAGUUGCUUCUAAAAUGGAUCUUGACAUCCAGUGUGAAGAACUCAGUGGAUCAAAAUGGAAAGAACUUGUUCCUUCCCUGAAUCAAUACAAAACUAUUAGGUUUGAUGACUGCAGUCUCGUGAGUAGUAACUGUGAAGAUCUUGCCUCUGUUCUGAUUUCCAACCAGACUCUGACUGAGCUGAAGUUGAACAACAAUGAACUGGGAGACUCUGGUCUGGAGAAGCUGUGCAAAGGACUGAUGAAUCCAAGCUGUAAACUUCAAAAGCUAUGGCUGCAGAACUGCAACCUGACUAAAGCCUGCUGUGAGAAUCUCCGUUCAGUACUCAGUACGAAAUCAUCUCUGACUGAACUACACCUGGGAGACAACCAGUUGGGCACUUCAGGUGUUAAAGUACUCUGUCAAGGUCUUCUGGAUCCAAACUGCCAACUACAGAAGCUUCAAUUGGAGUAUUGUGAACUCUCACCAGCAAAUGCAGAGGCUCUCAGUUCUGCAUUGCGAACGAAGACAUCUCUGACUGAACUCAACCUGAGCAACAACAGGCUGGGGGAUGCAGCUGUGAAACAGCUGUGCCAGGGCUUGCUGGAUUCUAACUGUAAACUGCAGUCCCUACAGUUGGAGAACUGUAGGAUCACAGUUGCCAGCUGUGGGGAUCUUGGCACUGUUCUCAGUACCAAGCCAUCCUUGAAAGAACUCUGCAUAGGUGAAAAUAAGAUUGGUGAUGCAGGUGCUGCACUCCUGUGCCAGAGUCUCUUGAAUCCAAAUUGCAAAUUAGAAAAACUUUGGUUAUGGGAAUGUGAUCUUUCAGCUGCUAGCUGCAAGGACCUCGCUGGUGUCAUUAGUACCAAAGAGUCUCUCAGGGAAAUGAGCCUGAUUGGAAAUGACCUCAAAGAUGAAGGAAUGGAACACUUAUGUCAAGGACUGAAGGAUCCAAAAGCUGCACUCCAGUCACUGUGGUUAAGAGAAUGUGGCUUGACAGCAGCAUGCUGUAAGAGUGUUGCGUCUGUUCUCAGCCAAAACAGUUCCUUGAAAGAGUUACAUAUAGGUGGCAAUAAUCUUCAAGAUGAGGGAGUAGCUCAGCUCUGUGAUGGACUGAUGGACCCCAACUGCACCUUAGAGUCUCUCUGGUUAGGUAACUCAGAACUCACACCUGCUUGCUGUGACAAAUUGGCCACUGUCAUAACUGCUAAGCAGUGCCUGAAAGAGGUGGACUUGAGCAACAACUGCCUGGAGGAUGAAGGUGUGCGUAAACUCUGUGAAGCUGUGAGAAAUCCCAACUGUCACCUGCAGCAUCUCAUUUUGUACGAUAUCUAUUGGAAUUCAGAAAUAGAGGAUGAACUGAAGGCCCUGGAAGAGUCAAAGCCUGGAUUUAAAGUGAUUUAUUGAGUGGCAUGAUCCAGAGGUGGCUGCUCCUACAGUUUUUUCAUCUAUUGGGAUGCUUUGGUGUAAACCAUGUUUGCUCACCACAUCAUGAUGGACUUUUGACUCCAGGUUCAUGGACUUGGCAAAUCUGAUGUCUGUAAACCACGCUCAGUCUUAGGGGUGUUAUCAGCGCCUCAGCUUUGCAAUAGCACAAGAGAAUAGUUCUGGAUAUCUGAGCUGGGUUUGGAUUUUAUAUACAACCAUAGAACAGUGUUAGUGGGUUUUCUUACUGCCUAGGAAAUAUAAAAAGCAGAACAAUGUAGAAUACAUCUUUGGCCAGGUCUUGUAAGCACCUGGUUAUUUGCAGGUAACUUAAGGAACUCUGUUCCUCAAGAAGAAGCUGUAUUAGUUUCCACAGUUAUGUUCCCCCUCUUCGUAUCUUGUAUUCUGCUAAAACAUGAAUAUCAUGAACUCUGAUCAACAGAUGUAGCUCUGCUGAAAUCAGAAUAAAGUUUUGUCUUGCAAAA